AUGUAUUUCAAGUCUCCUCUCGCAGCGACGCUGUUAGUUGCGUCUCAUAUGGCGAGCUUGACAACUGCAUGCUCCCCCUCUACCUUGAGCAUUCGCAACGACAAUUCGACCGGUCCUCCCAUCACCUGGGGGCCCGAUACCCCAUCCGAUCCCGCAACUGCGGGCUAUUUCUUGAAUCACUUCUCCAUCAAUGUCAAGAACCUGACAGCCACGCUUGACUUUUAUUCUCGCGCCUUCGGUCUGCGCCACAUCUUCACCGUGCAAGCCUCAGAACACCUGUCCAUCGCGUACAUGGGACACAGUCAGGGCGGCCGCAAUGGCACGGGCUAUCAGACAACCGCCGAGCUCAACCGCGACAAGAACAACGCCGCCGGGUUGGUGGAGAUGAUCUAUUUCGACAUUCCCGACAAGAGUCACCUGCAGGCUUCCAGCGUACGAACAAACACAUUUGGCCACAUGGGCGUAAUCGUCCCGGAUGUGGAGGCUGCCCAAGCCCGGCUGGAGGCCCUGCCUGGCGUGCGCAUUCUGAAGCGUUUUGGAGCUCCUACAGAAAGCGAAGGCGAAGUUGCCAUUGCGAAUGGAUUUCCACCAGAGGCGCUGGCCCAGGUCAGCGCCGAGGAACGUGCCACUAUUGCAGCGGUGCUUAGUGUGAUCAAUGAGAGGUUCCUGUAUGUUGCGGAUCCGGACGGCAACAUAAUUGAGGUGCAGCCACAAGAUUAA